UUUCGAAUAUUUCAUUUUCUCUUAGUCCGAGUACUCUAAAACCCCUUUGCGUUCCAAGUUAGGGUUUUUGGAUAAUCCAAUUCGGGAAGAGAAAUCGCAGGAACCACGAUGAUUCCCACCGCAAUUAAGCUAUCACGAUCUGCGGCCACUGUCGCUCGAACCGCCAAGCUUGGGCCCUCCAUACGAUCACCGCUGUUCAGGCUAGUCCACGGCGGGAUCAACGGCUCAAACGCCAACCCUGUUGCUCUUCAGAUGAUCAACUACGCCCUCUCUCACGCCAGGUCUCAGAAAUCAGAUGAAUCGUAUGCGCAAGGUCUGCUUGUACUGGAACAGUGCCUUUCGACUCAGACGAGUGAAGGGCAAGACUCUGCUGGUGAUAAUUCAAGGGGAAUGGUGUUAUUGGCCAUGUCCACUUUAUCAUCUGAAAGAGGAAAUUUUGAUGAAGCAAUGGAGAAACUGCAAAAGGUUCAAGAUUUAACCAGCUCUUCAUUUGGUGUAAGGGUUGCGGCCUUGGAGGCUCUUGUCGGACUUCACUUAGAGUUAGAGCAGGAUGAUACUUCAUCAGUGCUCGCAGAUAAAUGCUUAGAACUGUUGGUGAAGAAUGAGCCUGAAUCUAAUGGUGGAGAUUUUAUAAAUGCUCGCGCUAGAGCAGUAAAAGGGCUUGUUGAACUUGUCCAUGGUAAUGCUGCAUCAGCUGAAUUGUUCUUUCAAGGACUUAAGGACAACCGGGCAAUCACUGGUAGUACUGCUUUAUCCUAUGGAGAAUUCUUGCAUGCAACACAGAACUUUUCAUUAGCAAAGGAUGUCUACCAGAAUGUUAUUCAAGGGGGGUCAAAGAGCGAAGAGCUUGGUAACUCAAAUGCAUUAGCAGCCUGUAAUAUGUCAGCAGAGGAAGUUUCCUUAGCGGCCACAUGUGCUUUGGGACAACUUGAGGCUCAUUUGGGAAACUUUGCUGAUGCCGAGGAGAUAUUGACCAAGGCUUUAACAAUAACAGAGGAACGUUUUGGUUCUCAUCACCCCAGGGUUGGUGUUGUUUUAACCUGCAUAGCUCUCAUGUUUCGACGUAAAGCAAUGCUAGAGCAUUCUAGUGCUCUUUUGAUUCAAGAGGGACUUUAUAGAAGGGCAAUAGAGUUGCUGAAAGGCCCACCAUUGGACGCAGAAGGUACAGAAGCAAAUGUAGAUAGAAGUGAUAUAGUGGCCCUUGCAAGAGGCGGGUAUGCCGAAGUGCUUUGUGUCCAAAAGAACCGAAAGGAUCAAGGUGAAAAAGCGAAGGGUUGGGCGGAGGCUGCAUGGAGGAACCGCCGGAUGUCAUUGGCCGAAGCACUCGACAUAUCUAGUACUAGUUCAGCUGUUCCAAUUAUAGAUGCUCGAAUCAGCAGGGUACUGUAACGACGCCAUUUCAAAUACUUGCAGUCGCAGUUGGAGGUUUUCUGGUGAUAUACAUCACAAAGAAUGAGAAGCCUUGCUCGCAUACCGUCUUAUGCCCUUUGCAGUUGUUAAGGAUGCAGCAACUGAGAGAAGUAUUGGACCAAGCAUAUCGUUACGCCAUGCGACAUCAUGGCAUGAAUGUACACCGUUAUGUACCUAUUUUCGGAUAAUGUAAGAGGUAUCUUAGGUGGCCAUAGGUGAGAGAUGAACAAGCCCUUGGAAAUAGAUUUGUCAUCGGAGUUGGAUACCUUAUGCUUAUUGUCGAAUAAACGUUUGUUGAUUAUAGCAUCAAUCCGAGGUGGUUUUGUUGCUUCGACAUUACGAUA